AUGCCUCAAAGCCCCAGCGCAGGCCAGACGGGCGUGCGAAGACUACACGCCACGACCCAGCACCUCGCAGCGACGACGGCAGCAGCUUCCAGCCCCGCAGAAUACCGAACUACGCACGAGAAGGUCGAAAAGCCAUUGGACACCCCGAACUUCCUUGACAACAAGUUCGUAGCUUCAAAAGCAUCGCAAUGGAUAGAUCUCCAUGACCCAGCCACAAACAACCUGGUGACCCGUGUACCACAAUCCACAGAUGAGGAGUUGAAGGCAGCGGUGGACAGUGCAGAAAAAGCAUUCCCGGCAUGGAGCAGGACAAGCUUGCUGCAUAGGCAGCAGAUCAUGUUCAAGUAUGUGGCCCUGAUCAGAGAGAACUGGGAUCGUCUCGCGGCCAGCAUUACGCUAGAGCAGGGCAAGACUUUCGCCGACGCAAGAGGAGACGUCCUUCGUGGUCUUCAGGUCGCCGAGACUGCAUGUGGAAUUACCACACAGAUGCUUGGUGAGGUGCUUGAAGUGUCGAAAGACAUGGAGACACGCACAUACCGCGAGCCACUCGGUAUCGUCGCCGCCAUCUGUCCAUUCAACUUCCCAGCCAUGAUUCCUCUCUGGACCAUCCCAAUCGCUACCAUGACCGGUAACACGGUGGUGAUCAAGCCUUCCGAGCGUGAUCCAGGUGCGACUAUGAUCCUCGCCGAGCUCGCGGAGAAGGCAGGAUUCCCACCAGGCGUGAUUAACGUCAUUCAUGGUGCGGCCAAGACUGUGGACUUCAUCAUUGACGAGCCACGAAUCAAGGCCAUCUCCUUUGUCGGCUCGAACAAGGCUGGAGAGUACAUCUUUAGCCGAGGAAGUGCUCAGGGCAAGCGUGUGCAGGCCAACUUGGGCGCGAAGAACCACGCUGCGGUCCUUCCAGACUGCAACAAAAACGCUUCGUUGAACGCCAUUGCAGGUGCCGCAUUUGGUGCUGCUGGUCAGAGAUGUAUGGCUCUCAGCACGCUUGUGCUGGUCGGCGAGACGAAGCACUGGGUUGCUGAGAUCGCCGAGCGUGCGAAGGGCCUGAGCAUGAACGGAGGCUUUGAGGAAGGCGCGGAUCUUGGUCCAGUCAUUUCUCCACAAGCCAAGAAGAGAAUUGAGGACAUCAUCGCCACUGCAGAGAAGGAAGGCGCAACCAUUGUGCUUGAUGGACGAGGCCAGAAGCCGGAGAAGUAUCCAAAUGGCAACUGGGUCGGCCCAACCAUCAUUGCCAACGUUACGAAGGACAUGACCUGCUACAAGGAGGAGAUCUUCGGUCCUGUUAUCGUCUGCCUCAAUGUCGAGACCCUUGACGAAGCGAUCGACCUCAUCAACGCGAACGAAUACGGUAACGGAACCGCGAUCUUCACAUCUUCGGGAGCCACAGCAACGAAGUUCCAGAAACAGAUCCAGGCUGGUCAAGUCGGUAUCAAUGUCCCAAUUCCGGUCCCGCUUCCAAUGUUCUCGUUCACUGGUAACAAGAAGAGUGUUGCUGGAGGUGGAGCAAACACAUUCUACGGAAAGCCAGGUCUGCAAUUCUACACACAACUCAAGACUGUGACGAGCUUGUGGAGAGCAGAGGACGCGAUUAGUCAGAAGGCUACGACGAACAUGCCGACACAGUCGUAG